GUACAUAGAAAUCAUCGACUUCCGGAAGAAACAACAUCCGAUCAAAGCAUAUUUAAUCAUGGUUAUUUGAAAAAUUGAGAAUUACAAUAUUUAAUCGGCAAAACUGUUAAAAUAGUAACGUCAAAAAUUGUAAACUUUAGUAAAAGAAACAAUAUUGGUAACAAUAUACAAACCUUAAUUACAAUAUUGUGCCACUGGUUAGCAGACGAUUUUGACGUUUUGACAGACGGUCAUUGUCACUUAGUAGAACCGAGAACCUACUCGAUAUGGCUUAUGGGAAGAUGCUUAUUGUCAUGUCAACGGUUGGAUGCUUGAUAUAUUUUCAAACAGAUCCUGCCGCAUUUUUCAAGACCAUGAUCAAAAGCCUUUUUGCAUUAGGAGUCCUGACAUUUUUUAUCCAAUGUCUUUGGUCAAGAAUAUCAGCUUUGCUCAAGAGAUGGAUAUCAUCUCAAGCUGUACAUGCCCCUGAUGAAAAUGAAGAAGAAAAGCAGUCAAAAUUGAAAGUUCUUAAAGAUGAAGCUAGAUCCCAAAUACAAAAGGAACACUUGCUGAAGGCAGAAAAUUACAAGGACCGUAUCCUUAGACCUAGAGAAGAGGCCAAGAAGCGACAAAAAGAAGAGGACUACUACAAGUUCAUGGGUCCGACCUGGAAAGGGGAAGGACAAAGCCUAGGGGGUGAAAUAAUAGUUGAUAAUGAAGGAAAAAAACAGUCGGAGAUUGCUGCCCAUCACCGUCAUUUACCUGAGAGUAUUAAUGAGGACGUACUACAGGCAGCCAAGCAGGAGUUACAGAGACGAAAUAAAAAGAAGAUGCAUCUCCCAGAUGAACCACCAGAUGGAGCUCCAGACUGUGUACUGGUGACAUUACGGACUCCACUGAGGGAUCUACAACAACGAAGAUUUAAACACACAGAUACCAUACAGCAUGUAUUGGAUUACAUGACCUACAUUGGAUUUCAUCAGAAGAAAUAUACACUGGCAACAAGUUACCCACGUCAGUGCUUGUCAGACCAAAGGGAAGUAACUCUUGCAGACAUGGGCUUCAAGACGAGGACAACACUUAAUGUUGAGGAGAAAGACUGGGAAUAAUGACAACGUUGAUGAUAGUGCUUGUUGUAGUAAACAGGGUCAAUGUAUUUUGUGUUCUUAUACUCUUAUUACAAGUACUUUAUAAAGCUCCACUUCGAUUGAAGGGAAAAGAUUUUAUUUUCCAAGUUUUCCAAAAUAAUUGUCAGGCCUAUGACUUUCAAACCAGGGUCAUUUUCACAUAUAUGAUGAUGUAAUGGAGCAAAGUGUAUCUGAUUUAGAUGUUAUCACAGUCAAAGGUCACGUCAAAUAGCAAGAAGAUACUGAGCUGCUGAAAGCUGUGUUCUGCAUGGUUACCAAGGCAUUUUUAAAGAACCUAAUGGAUUUGUUUCAAAGUUUCAUGGUUUUCCCCCUUUUUUUUUUACUAAAAUGAGUACAGUAAAACCUCACUAUUAAGACCACCCGGGGGUCUGGGUCAAAGUGGUCUUAAUAGCGAGGUGGUCUCAAUACCAUAGUGGACCAAAUUGAGCUAGACCAUCAGGAACCGUAACUCUUAAUUGACUGAACUCAGGUGCAAGUUGUAUAGAUUUGGCUAAAUACAUGCCAUAGUCUUAAUUGAAUAAAAACAAAGACAAUUGUUUGUUUCUUACAAUUUAAUUAAUAACCAUUGGAUGCCUUAAAAUCACUCUCAGGUAUGUUCAGAUCCUUGGCGGAGUGCCUUCUCCUGUAUCAUGGGUCCGGAGACUGGUAUCUGUUGUCCGCGUAUACGCUGGAACCAUUGCCACAUAAGUUCAUUGAGUUCUUCUACCUUUUAGUUUAGAAGGGGGGAAUGCUUCAUCUCAGGUGACCUAUUGCAAACGCCUUUUGCCCAGCGUCGUGCGCCGUAAACAAUUUACAUUUUAGACUUCUCCAAUACUGCUGAACCAAAUUCAAUGAAAAUUUGCAGGAAGAUUCCUUGGCCAAAUGUCAAUUAAAAAUGCGAAUUUUAUGGUCCCAACCCCCAGGGGCUUGAGGGGCGGGUCCAAAAAGGUUCAAUUAAAUUAACUUUAAUAUUUCAAAACUCGGGUAAGCAUUAAGGCCCGCGCCUCUUGUUGUACACAAAGAUAUUAAUCAUCAUCAAGAAUUACCAUGUAAUCUCAAGAAAUUAAAUACAUGCAUUAUCCAUUCAUGUACUGUUUAGAUCUUUGUUAUAAAUACUCGAUGAUUUACAUUGUGUGUUUUACUAUUUAUGAAAGUUGAUCAUUGUAAUAUGUAACAGUUCAUUACUGUCAGAUUUGCUGUCUGAGCCAAUAUAUUGACUUCAGUAUCCCAUUGUUUACAUAAAUACUCGAUUGUUUAAAUGGUGAUUUACUAUUGAUGAAUGUUGAUCAUUAUAAUAGUGACAGUUCAUUAUUGUCAGAUUUGCUGUCAGUAUCCCAUUGUUUACAUAAAUACUUGAUUGUUUAAAUGGUGAUUUACUAUUGAUGAAUGUUGAUCAUUCUAAUAUGCGACAGUUCAUUACUGUCAGAUUUGCUGUCAGUAUCCCAUUGUUUACAUGUUUUCCUUUAGAGGUAUGUUGAUAUCAUUACUGUAGCAGUUCAUGGCUGUUACUUUAAUGUCGUAUAUGGGUUAGGUGUCUCUAUUCAUACAUUGAUUUUGAAAAAGAGUAGAAAGUUACCACUGUGAACCAAGUGAUACUUUCAAAUUAAGUAGUAUGGUAGUGUUGUGUUUGUAUAAUGUCCAGAACAGUGCUAUUAUAACUGUAUUGUUGUGCUGAUCAUAAGUCUUCCUGCUAAAUCUUCAUGAUAAUUACCUGGUCUACAGUACGUGUGUUUUCAUUUUGAUUCACCAGUCAAAUUUGACUGGAAUAUUAUGUCUAUCUGUCCAUACUCGCUCAACAUCCUUGUGGGGUGCAUUAACAUAUUCAUUUCGUCAAAAUAUCUUCCUCACCUAUAGGAGACAAAUUUUCACACAAUUUUCUUUUUUACUCAUAAUGCAGCAUUAAAUGUCACAGCUCAUGUGCUUUUUUAACGACGGAAUGAAUGGAAAUAAAAACAGAUUUAGAAAUUUGCAUCGUCUUGCAGGGUACAACCCACAAGUCGAUAGACAAAACACUACACCCCACAAGUUCAUCCGUGCAGGGUAAAUUUUUGUUUGUCUGGAAAGUUAGUGCCCUUUGUUUAUUACAGUAUUUAGUUUUCAUCUGGAGAUCAACAUUUUUCGUCAGAUCUCUUUGAAACUUUGUAUACCUUACACUGUAUAAUCAUAAUAUGAUAUUGUGUCUGCACCUACAUUUUUUUUUUAUCAAUUUCAUUGAAAAUUGUUGGGCUUUAAAAUCAUGACAUUUUCUGUUUGCCUGAAAAGAAUUUUGAUUUGAUAAUUUUUGCAAAAGUUAUUUUUCUACUAAUUCUUUGAAAAAUUUUGGAUUCAGCC